UUGUACAGAAGAAUGUGAGUGUGAGUACUGGCAUUUUUCUAGAAACGAUGAUGGCUUAUCUUUCAUAGUGAAUUCCAAGAUCAUGAUAUCAUUUUGAAGUAAACUACCUGAUAAAGCUGUGCAAAAGUAAUAUAGCACCUAACUUUUAUAAUUCUUUGGUACGUACAUGUAUUCUAAUUUGAAUUGUCUAACAACAACCGUAAUAAUACAGUAAUAAUUGUACUCCUUUUAGUAUUUCUUUUGUGUGACUCAAAAUGAUAUUUCACCAAUUUGCCAGCAGCAUCAGAAGUAAUUAGUUGUUCAUUUUUCAGAUGAAUUCUCACUUGCUUUACGUUGUUAUGACUACUUAGUAUUUUUACAAGAUCAUGAUUUUGUCAUGUCAUGUCAUGAUUUUGUUCGUGAUGUAUCAUUCUAUAAUGGAUCUUUAAUAGAGCUUAAAUGAAAAUAUUGUAAGCAACUAAGUAUGAAUUACUAUAUCAGGAAAAAGCUUCCCACCAAACAAAUGACAUUUGAAUAAAUGAAAACCGCUUGUGUUCUCCCUAGAAUGGUGUGACGUGCUUUGUUGAAAGACAGAGCAAUUUCAUGCUGAAGGCAAGCAAAAGCUAAGUUUGAGGACAAGCAAGGUUAUUCAUACAGAUUUUAGGCAAUUGCUUUUAUGCUUGAUCUUAUGCUUGAAGUUGAACCAAUGCUUACAAGCAGUUGCUACCUUUUAUGUAUACGGCCCAAUGUACAGUAUAAACUUCUUAGAAUCAAUAAAACAUGAACCCGUAACUAUACCAGUGUAGAUAAAUAUGCUUGGUCCCCAUUUACAGAGACAUUCAGAGAGGCAUCGGUCCAAUUCUGAUGUAAAGGCAUAAACUUAAAAACCGCAUUGCAGUAAUGAAUUUUCACCCAACUUUGAAUUACCCAGGUCUGGCCUAUGUGUAAAGUUAUGCGGGCUUAAAGUUGAUUGGUACACACUUCAUCAAAUUAGCUCUGAUAUAUGACCAUAACACACCCUAAUACACCUAUAAUAAUGCACACAAACACUCACUCGAAUUAGAUUUUGACCAACCUAUGCCCCGUUCAAAGUUGUUAAGGUGUGUCUGGUGGUAUAGACUAGCAGAGUAUGGCACAAUUCUACUUAUCUUCCCCUUUGUUUUCAAAGUACAAUUCAUCUUGGAAGAGAAAUGAAUAGCACCAAUUUCAUGAAAGGUGAUGCAAAGAAAAGAAAAAUUAUUUCUGACUAGUACUAAAAUCAGUUUUGUUCAUCGUCUCUUGAAAUGUUAUUUUACUUCCUUUCCAACCCUUCAUAUAUUCUAUAACACAAAUUUGCAUGGGUGGGACUAAAUAUACACAUCCCCGAGCGAAGCUCGGGGAUGUACCCCGCUUGCUCCAAAAAGCCGCUGAGCCCCCUACACAUUUGCCGACGACACGAAUAUCUAUUCUAUCAUAACCUUUAUCACCUUGGGAGUGUGUUCUGGGUGUUCGGUAUUACAUGAGCUUCAUGCAGCUCUAUUUAUUUUUAAAUAAAAAUGUUAAAAACUCACCUAAUCCUGCCUUUUUAUCAGUAAAGUCCUUCACACAGCGAACAAAGUUGUGUGCAGUCCUAUGGGGCUCGAUCUCAUGUAAUCGCUGUAUAUGAACCGGAAGGUAAUCGCAACUCUGUGAAGGUCAAGUCACGUGACGAGAUCGCCCGAGUAGCACGCGCGGAAGCAACUGCUGUAGCAGACGACGCGACGUCUAUACUGUGUGCAAUGUAAAUUUAUAGCGUAAUCGCCCAGAUUCAUUCAUGAUUCAGGCAGAAAUUAUUCAGCGUACGUAGAAACUGCCAUGGAAACGAGAAUGCUCAAAGAAGUUGUGGAUGAUGUGCUCGGAAGUACUUUUGUACUGAAACAAAAACAGGAGUCCAUGCUCAUAAGCGCUGCCAAAGGAAAUCACACCAUGGGGAUCCUUCCCACUGGAUACGGAAAAAGUUUGAUUUAUGCCCUCCACGCACCACUUUUGAACAAACUGAAUCCACAGAAAACACACAUAACCCUCGUAGUAAGUCCGCUUAAAAGUCUAAUGCUGGACCAGGUGCGCAGAUGGAAGAAUCUUGGCAUCAGAACUGCGGCCAUUCUUGGCCAUUCAGGUCAUGACAUGGACAGGGAGACUGAAAACGACCUGAUGAAUGGAGGGACAGACCUCGUUUUUACUUCCCCGGAGGCCAUCCUGUCCCCUAAGUGGUGGCAAUGGGUGCGGAAGUUUCAAAACAGGAUUUCGUUGCUGGUGCUAGAUGAGGUUCACUGCUUUACAAAAUGGGGUCUUACAUUCAGGGAGGAGUACCUCCGGACCACAUCUUUGACAUCCAGGCUGGCAUGCCCUAUAAUGCUUCUUACAGCCACGGCAACAAACAGAAUGGUCACAGAAAUACUUCAAAACCUGAAUCUCCGCAGGGAAGAAGUAGAAAUAUUCGCCGCUAUUCCCAACAGACCAAACAUUCAUCUAUCAGUGGUUCCGGUGAAGGACAAGUUUGAAGCCAUUGGAUGGUACUUGGAUGAAUUAAAGGAGAAGGGUGUCGAUGCUGCAAAAACCAUCAUUUAUGCACGACAAAUCGACCACGUUGCUGAACUCUACACAUGGCUCAACGAAAGCCUCGCCGAGUCCGCCCAUGCUCCAGGACCAGGGCAGUCUUGCAGUGUGGAAAGUAGACUGAUCGAAAUGUACCACGCAUCAACGGACUCAAAGAGUCAGGAACGAAUAUGUCGUAACUUUUCCACCGAAGGUUCUAAGCUGCGCUGCGUUGUAGCAACAAUAGCAUUCGGUUUGGGUGUCGACAUCGCCGACAUUGAUCAGGUUAUCCACUGGGGAUGCCCUAGUGAUGUCCUCUGCUAUUGGCAAGAAACAGGCCGAUGCGCGAGGGAUGGAAGACCCGGAAAAGCCAUUAUGUAUCUGCCACCCUUUUCAGUCAACAAGAGAUGGGUUGAUGAAGACAUGAGGGACCUUGUCCAAUCAUCCCGCUGCAUCCGGAAAUCGGUGUUGAACACGCUCUUCGUGCAUGGCAUGGAAAAGGACAAUGUACAGGUGAUGUCAUGCUGCUCAGUUUGCGACAGUGCUAAGUAAUACGGGACCCAUAGCAUGUAUCCAUUUCUAUGAGUCAGUGCACAAUUUAACACUGCGACGCUGUGCAUCCAUUCUCGUAGAAAGUGCUUUCAGCUUUUUACCAAGGUUCUUUGGAUUUCGCAACACCUCUUUAUGGUCGAACCCUUCAAAGCCUUUGUGUUGUCUGAAGGGCAAGUAUUCAAACAGUCCAAAUCCAUCGUUCUCAUCCACAAACAAUGCAACAUCUUGUUUGUAUACAUCCUCUGCUUUCUUCCUAGUUGGCGUCUUCAUGGAGACGAUCCCGGCAUCACUGAACAUGAUAUCCAGGUACCUACCAAAUGGUCCUGACAUCUUGGCACAUCUCUGCGCGUGUUUCUCAGUCACAUUUCCAUGAGCGAAGUCGAUCAUACCUGCAAAAAUUGAUACAGAAAAAAAAACAGUUAAAAUAUAAUUGUUGAGAAGAUCAAAUCAACCUUGAUUUAUAAUUGCAUAUCACGUCACCUACGCACAACGCAAAAUGCGUCAAACAUUGCAACUGACAUACCCUUGUAGUCCAUGUUAAUGUGCUCAGUACCAAGGUCCAUCCCUAUGUUUCCUCCGGGCUUGCCAGUGACAUUGAUGACUCUGUUCCAGAUCAAAUUGUUCCUGAUGUCAGAAGGAGCAAAUCCACCGAUACCUGAUGCCAUGAAAAAACAAUUUGCGAAAUCUAAAACCAACAUUUCACCAACAUGACCAAGGAAAUACUUUCUACUUUUCAAACCCCUCGUUCGAGGAUCAUUUCAUGAUGUUCAAAGGAUCGCAUGGGCACCAUCCCUUUAACGUUAACUAGCUAGGUCACUAUUAGUUUGAAUGCACAUGCCAUCAUUAUGACCGUUCAUCAGUAUACACUUUAUUAAUUGUGUGUUUGCCAGCGUCCUUCUUUCGGCAAAUGGCACAAAUCUCCUAUCUCUUAAACAAUGCUUAAUCUGUUUAUCCCCAAACUCACAAUAUGCACAUCCUGGAGGAUUCGUUGUCUAGUACACCUAAUCACAAAUGAAACGGACGUAUUCUAUGUGCAUUUCAAGUGGAAGUGGGUCUAAAAGAUGAUGUGAUGAUGUGGCACACAGAAUAUAUUUUUGGCACAUAAUAAUAAGUUUAUCGUGAGUGUCAUGAA